GACGCUGGCGCAAUAAGUCCCAUUUAAGCGCGCGCUUUACGCGGCCAAACACACUUACGCGGCACUUUGCACCGACUCGCUCACGCACACGCACCGCACCAAAAAGCCAGUCGAAAACUUAGAAUCCAACCCAGCACCGUGGAUUUCAUCCAACCCCAAUAGAUCUCUGAACUAACAAGUCGAGCGUAAACCAGUUAAUAGAACAGGCUUACACUAGGCGCAACCAGGAGCACUGAGAAGCAACUACCAGGAGCAGCCAACAGGAGUAACUACCAGGAGCAUAGGAGGUAGCAACAGCGAUGCGACUGUAUCUGUGGCUUGCGUGGAGCCUGUGGUUGGUUUGCGGCGUGCUGGGAGGCUACCAGGGAGGCAGCAGCAGGGGAGAUCGCCCGCGCACGAUACGUGGCUUCAAGAAUGGCAUCUCGUUGUCAACGGCCAGGGGAUUCGGCAAGCGUAGCGGGCUCGCCGAUUCUGAACAGUGGUUGUUCAGUGCUGACAAGGAGAGUUUCCCUGCUGACUGGUUCGCUGAUGAGAUGAGCAAAAAUCCGGAAUUGGCGAAAGUGAUCGUGCAGAAGUUCAUCGAUUCGAACCAAGAUGGCCGACUAUCGUCCGACGAACUCCUUCGACCCCUCUACUCAGAAAACUGAAACCAUUUCUCAUCUUAAUUCUGUUGAAACACAAAAUAUUCCAUACUGUACCUCUUACAAGAUUCAACUGUUAUUGAUCUUUGAUUUCCAUUAUUAUCAUCAAGAGAAAUACGAUAGUUUUAUGUGAAAAUGGUGUAAAAUAACAAGAAAAUUCACACUUCUGGCGGAGAUAAAAAUUGAAUUUCGCCCUCUUUCCCUAAUAGUAUUCAGGAAAUACAAGCAUUCCAGGUCAAAAUACUGUGAAAUAAUCGCACAUAUUACACUGCUGUUAGAUCGAUUUCAAUCAAUCAUCUUCCUCUAUUAUCAUCAAGAGAAAUAGAUGAAUAAUUUCAGUACACUAACUUGAAAACACUGUAAAUUCUUCCGAAAAAAUAGAUUCUUUCAAUCCCCAAAACUCCCACCUAUCUAUUGUUUCUCUCCUUAUUAUUUUCCUCUUCGUCUUUUCCUUUAGUUACCAGAAAACUUAAUCUCCACCUUCACAUCUCUAUUUUCACCUUUGUAGAAAUCCAGUAUAAGACAUAAAAUUACACAUAAUUUUUAUUUCUGGAACAAAUCAGCCAGUUCUCAAUCAUCAAAGUAUUUCUCCUUCUUCUCUAUAGGUCUCUUUGUUAUUUUGCACCUCAUCCUUUUUUAUUCCCUCUCCCAUACUUUUUCAAUAUUCUUUUUUUUGCAGGCUCUAUUAGGCUGGGAGUUGAGAGAGAAUUUCUCUAUUUAUUCUUGUCUAUGGAGCUUCCUAUUCCAUCCUAAUCCUCCCUCUCUCUUCCACCACAGACAAACAAAAUAACUCUCCCUUCUUUCCUCCCUCAUUUUAUUCUGCCAAUCACCCCAAUCGCCACUCCCACCCACAUAAACCCAGCGAAAAAUCCAGCAGUCAUUCUGGCAUCGUCCUUCAUUCCUAUUAUUUUGCUGACAGAAUUGAGACGAAUCAUCCCGCAAGUCAUCUCAAAAUUCCCUGUUAUAAUAAUUACUGAUCUUGAAAAAAUGGAAAGAUGAAUGGAUUUGAGUAGAUAGAUUAAUGUUAGGGAAGUUUCAAGCUCAUUAUGAUCUCAUUAGUUCAUAGCAAAGUGCUCUCAGUUCUUAUUGAAUUAUGAUUAUCAUAAUGCAGAACUAGUAUCUAAAAUAUCCAAUAUUCAUUUGCUAUCUCAUUCACAUUUGCUUAAAAUACAUUGCUUAAAAUAUAUUAGUUUGGGGUCUUUUGUGAUCAGAAGAUGACUAAUGAUAAAUUCUUACCACAAAAAUGUAUAUUAUUAUUUUAAACAAACAUUAAUAACUAUUGACAGUUGCUGUAUAUACAAAUUAAUUUCUUAGUAAACUAGUUAUUGUAUUCUCCUUACACGUUUCAAUUAAAAUUCCAUAGCUUGAUAAGUAACACGUUUUUAUAGGAACUAACUCAUAUAAUAUUAUUUUUAAGUUAAUUUUUUGUAUGUAUAAUAAUUAUUAUCAAUGUCAAUGGAUAUCAAUGGAGCUGAAAUACUAAUUGUUUAUUGUACUGUAUGAUCAUUGCGUUUCAGAAGUUCAUAUUUGAUACUAACUAUACUAUCAGGGGGAUCAUGAUAGUCCUAUAUUAUGAUUGCUUACUUUUCACUCUACUCAUAAUCUGUCAAACUUUAGAAUUUAUCAUUUCUCUGGUGGAAUUUGGAUGUAUUCUCUGAAAAGAUAUCACCUAGAUUUUUAUAAAGUGAUAGGCUAUUCUGUAACUUAUUUAUUGGAAUACCAAGCGAAGUAUCGAUUAAUGUAGUACCGUAUUGAAAAUUCAACAACUAAGCCAUGCAGUUUGGUUGUGAUUAGAUGAAACCCAGUUUACUCUGUUCCCAAUGCAUCAAAUUGAAUACAUGUAUUCAUGAAUCAAAGAUGAAAUUAUGAAGUUUAUAAAUUUAGAUUAGUUGUAGUUCUCAUAAAAACCAUAUUAUAGGCUAUAGAUUUUCAGAAUUUUGAACCAAUUUCGUUUGAUAUUUUUUUAAAGUAACUAUAUUUGAUAUAAUCAGAUAUCCAUUAAUAUUACAGAUAUGUUACCAUCUUCACUCAAAUUCUAUGAAAAUCACAGAAGCAAUAUACGCUUUCUAGUAUAUAAGUCUCAGGUAAUUUACACACUAGUUCAGCUUCAGAUGAAUUUUUCGUCUGAAUUUGACAAUUUUCUCAUCUAAAAGGUUAAACCAGUGUGUGAGGAACUUGAAUUUUAUUCAUCUACUGUCAGUUCUGUUGUAGAAUAUGGUAUUUCUGAAUCUGGUAAGUAAAGGUAAAGGAAAAGGUUAUCUCCAAUAUGAAAAGUCGAUUUACAGGAACUGAAAAAUUUGAAGAGUUCAGUUUCCAUUUGCAAUAUCAAAUUAUUCGAUCAAAGAAAUUAUUUUUCAGUCUUCGACCAUCGUUUGAUGACAUCAUAAAUCUAUUUUGAAAGUGCAACAUUAAUUUCGAAAGCAGAAAUACAGUAUUCUCAUAUUCUAUUGAUUCAUAAUUUAAGACUACUUCAAUCUGUAGAUGAAUCUAUCAAUCAUGUUUGUAAGUUACUCAUGGAUGAAAAUUUGAAAUAAAUAUCACAAAAUUCCAUACCCCAUUCACUAUAACUACUAUAACUUCUAAUUAUAUCUACUAUUAUCGUAUUUGUUUUGUUAGGGAUACUAUUAUCGUAAUUGGAUAUUUAUUCAUUUUAUUAAUUUAAUCAUUCAGAAUUACACAACUUACAGAAAAGUACCACAGGCUUAUAAGCCCAAAACGGUUCCAAUUCUAAUUUAUACAACAGAAUAUAGUGAUUCUAUACUAAUUGAAUAUGUUGUAUAUGGAAUUUUCAGAAUCAUAUAACCGUGUAAUCUGUAUUCAAUCUUCAUAAUCAUGUUGAUGAGUUACAGUUCAUAAUUAUUUAUCCAUAUAUGCUAUCAUUAUAAAAUGAUGUGAUAUUGCAUUAUCUACUAGUAUUGUAUUAAUUUUAAAAAAUUGCCCUAUCUAUGAUACUGAGCUUGAAACUCCCACAAAUGAUAUAAUUAUUGUUCGAAAUAUAUAUUAUAUUCUUUAAAAAGUUUUUUGAAUGAUAUUCGGGGUGCAAAUAAUAGGUUUCAUACUUCCAUACUGCAUGUUAUAUUAUUGUCAAUGUCGUCUUAUUCAAUAAAUUCCUGAAUAUAUUUUUAUUAUUUA